UGGGUUAGGUAGAGGGUGCUCCGGAUUUAUCACUUGUAAACCCCAGCUUCAGUUGGCUUGGGGAGCAGAAAAACUUUUGCCUCUUUAGCAUCUGACUCCCCAUCUCCUUUAGAGGUGGGCUUCCCUGGAGAGGUCUGUGUCCUCCCCCAUGACAGCCCCAGGAACACAGGAGCUGAAUCAGUUAUUGUUCAUUGACUGAGACCAAGGAACAGCCCUCAGCAGGUGGCAGGAUGUGAUUUGGGGGACUGAAGGGAGGGGGCCUCAGGGAGCACUUGGAGGCCUGGGGAACUUCAGGUUUCCCCAGGGGUCCCGAUUGGCUCCCAGUCUGAAGUGAGACUUAAGGGUGCCCUUGAGAUCACUACCACCCUGACCUGGGCUCUAGACCAUCCCCCUCCCCCAGCGUUGCAACCCUGUGUGUCAGGUUGGAGAGGGGUCCCAACAUGAUCUGCGCAUGAUCCCCAGGGCCUUAGAGAAAAAGGAACUGGAUCUGGGUGUGCCUGUGUGUGUGUGUUGGGAGGGUCUGGGUCUGCCUAUACGUUAGGGAAUAGAAGGCACUGAAAUUUCAGUUUAUUCUGAACAGAAUUGGGCUGGUUUUCCUCUGAGGGCACCCCUUUGAGGCAGUUGUCUCCUUGGAGAAGGUCCUUUGCCAUUCUGUCUUGGGUAGGGAAGUGGGAUGGGGCAGAUGUUAGGUGAAGGUCCUUUCUUCCCGUGGCAAGAGACCAAUCUCAAACUGACUGAGCACUGUCCCAGGGUUGUGGGCUAGGGCGAGGGGCCUGCAUUGGCUCCCAUCUCCAUAUGGGUGACCGUGAGGAGCCUAUAGCCUGUCCACCGUGGAAAUGCCAGGGGGCUGGACCACCAUUCCCUAUUUGGCCUUUGUACCAUGAAAGCUUGCUCUUUUUAGGUGACUAUUAAAAGAACCCCUCAAAAAAAAUCUUCUAUGCUGCUCUGGGGUGUGAAUGUGGAAAACUGAGCAGCAGCUGGGCCCAUUCCUGGAGGUGUCUGAGCAAGACCAAUUUGGGCUAUGGUUGGGGGAGGAAAGACUUGAGGCUCUAGAGUGAUGGCCGGCUGAACCAGAUCACCCCUGAGCUUCUUUCUAGCCCCUGAGUUCUGGUUCCUUCUGAAGCCUGACCUGCAAGGGCCAGCUUACAGCGUUCAGGGACCUGCCUUCAGAGAUCUAGGUCACUUCUGACAGUACCACCUCCCUCUAUACAUCCCCUCGUUAAUUCAACAGCAUUUAUUUAAUCUUUAUCAUUUCUAUAGCAAGUGCUGUGUGAAGGACACAAAGAAACAACUUUUGGCCUCCCAGCUCCUCAGGGACCUUAGCAUCUAGGUAAGGGGUCCAGGGAGAUACAGGCCAACUCAACAGUUAGGUACCAUUGCAAUCCCCAAUUGGAGGGCCACAGCUCCAAGGUCUGUGGGGGUCUGUGAGUGGACUGGGCUGCAGAGUUUCAGAUGGAAGACUGGGACCUGAUUUGCUCCUGAGGGCUGGGUGGAGUUGACUCAGCCCAGAGCAGUGAGGGGCAUUGCCUGCUGGGAGAGUUGCAGGCAGAGGAAUGGACAAAGCCCAUUGGGUGAGGCUGAGAGCAUUUGGCUGGGACAACGGUUUGACGUCAAGAAAUGUUAGGAUCAUUGGUUGGGACCAGACCAGGAGGGCCUUGAAUGCCAACCUGUAGGCACUGGGUAACCUCUGGAGAAUCUGGAGCACAGGAGAGGCACAUUUAUUACCUCUUUCCUCUUUGAGCUUGGGAUCCAAACAAAGGUGAUGUUAGAUUCUCAUUAGUCAUUGAGGAGCCCUGAAACAGUUGUCUUCAGCUGUUUGUUAAGAGCACAGACCAUGGCCUGUGGAGCAAGAACCUUACCCACCCCAGGGACUUGGUGCCUGCUUCCUAUUCCUGUUCUGACCAUUAAAUCCCCAGCACUGGCUUAAAGUCCACACUCUGGGGGACUUUGACCCCAAACCCAGCAUUUCAACCACAUGCAUGAUAGAGCCCAGCUUCAGCCUUAGGGGCUUCUCUUGCUUAUCGCUGAAUGAGAAAAAAAGUAUGGUUUACCCACCUCACCUGUAUGUUUUUUGGCAACCUGUUAGCCUCAUCUGUAAAAUGAGAGUAAGAACACCUGCCUUGGAGGCCUGGCAUAGUAAGCCCUCCAUACAUGGGGCCUAUUAUGAUAAUGACUCUCUCCAAAGUCCCAUCUGGCCCUAAGGUGACUCACAUUCCCCCCACACCCUUUAUUUUCUUGAUUGCCUGGAAGAGCUGGGCAUAGGCUGUAUUUUAGUUGGCUGCUCUUGGGACCAAUUCUCCCAGGUCUACUUAUGUUUCUGAAUGAGGGUAAAAAUGACGGAACAAUGGAUUCACCAACUGCUCUAACCAAUGACUUUUUUAUGACACCAGAUAUCUCUGCCCAAGGGGGAGCUGGUUUAACCCACCAUACACAGUAAAGUGCAGGUGGCUUUGAGGGGCUGAUGAUGGAGUCGAUGCCGUCACAGAAUGCACAGUGCUAUAAUUGCGGGAGAAGAGACCUGACAAUCUGCUUCUGUAAAGAUUACAGUCAAGAAAAUCCUAUCGGGCAGUUCUACUUUGUCACAUGGGGCAGCUAUGAGUUGAAAUUGACUUGACAGCCCUCAACAACAUAGUUUUGGGAGCAGAGUCAACACUAUCAGUUCUUACAAAAGAAUGUAUAGUAUAUAAUAGCAACAUAUUUAUAUAGUGCUUUAUAGCUUACAAAGUAUCUUCAUACCUAUUCUCCCAACAAUCCUGUGAGGAAGGCAGGGCAGAAAUAAUUAGCUACAUUUUACAGAUAAGAAAAUGGAGUCAGAAGUUAAGCCCAGAACCCUAGGCAAGUGGCAGAACCAGAUCUUGUACCCAGUUCUCCUGACAACUAAAAUAUAUGCUAUUGUGACAAAUUAACCCAUUGCCAUCGAGUCGAUUCUGACUCAUAGUGACCCUAUGGGACAGAGUAGAACUGCCCCCAUAGGGUUUCCAAGGAAUGGCUGGUGGAUUUGAACUGACAACCUGUAAGUUAGCAGCCAAGCUUUUAACCAUUGCACCAACUGGGCUCCAAAAUAAAUAAAGGAUAAGGAAAAAGAUUUCGUGACCAAAUUCUAGAACAGACGCUAGCCGAUCUAAAAAGACUAGCUGGGAAUGGUGGCCUUUGGCUUCUGGCUCCCCUAGGGAAGAAUAUCUAGGGACGGAGAUGAAGUAUCAGUCUAUAUGUAGAAUUUGCUCCUUGUAAAUCACCUGCAUCUGUUUUUAAGACUCAGGGUUUCUUCAUGAAUCUGGGCUGCCACCCUUUCAGGUAUAAGACACCUGACCCCUUGGAGCCUCCAAUUUACACAACAGGAAGAUGGGAGAGGGGAAAGUUGUUUCAGGCGUUCUGAGUAAAUGAUGUUGGUGGUGGAGUAGAAAACAAUCCAGGACGCUAUGCUGUCCCUGCUGCUGUGUGUGUAUAUUUGGUGGGCUGGAAGAAGGGCGUGAUAGGAAAUGCCGGGGAGAUCCCCUGUGCACAGUGACAUCAAGGACUGCUCAGCACACAUCCACAUAGCAGUGUGGAGAGGAGGACGUCCUCCCAUGGAGGUUCUCAGCCACAUGAUCAACUGAAGCUGGACAAUAGGAGAUGGAGGACCAGCUCCGUCAAAUCAGCAGUGAUUUCAGCUCUGGAUCACGAAAUCAGUUCAGUGGGUCACAGCUAGCAUUUGAAAAAGUGAGGCGGAUUAGAAAAUAUCCCAGUGUAUCCCAUGUAAGAAGGUCAGUGUUAGUUCACGAGACUGGUUUAGGUUGCAAAUGCACAUGCAUACAGUAAGUACUAAGUAGCCAUACAAAAUGUAUUUUCUACUAUGGUCAGAGUCAAAAAAGACUCAAAUGCUCAGAAGAGCAUGAGAGGAUGUCACCUUAAAAUGAGUAAUUCAUCUUGAAGCUGAUCAUUGUCUUCAACUCACUGAGGGCCUAUCAGGACAAAGAGAUAGUUUAUGUACUCCACGUGGCUCCAAAAGAUCAGAAUCAUUUUCAAGACGGGGUAAAUUUUGGCUGGUAGGACUUCCCCACUGCAGAGCAAUCCUAUGUAGAAUCAUGGACCGCUGGAGGAGGAUUGGUCUCUGAGGCCCUGCCAACCCAGAGACUGGCUCAGCACUCAGGCUUUGGGAACGGUCCUCAGAGACCCGUGGGUUCCAUGACUGAGCUCUAGGUGGCUGAUAAAGGAGAGUGUGGCCCUGUCUGCAGAGGUGGCUCAUUUAAGAGUCCACGUAUCCUGGACUGCAUCACCCUCAUUUUCUGAAACUCAGCAGACCAUCAUGGAUCAGGCACCUUCCCCACCAGCCCUGGAGUAAGGUCAGGGAUCAUAGAUUGUAUUGGCCUCAGCCAGAUGCUAGUGGGAAAGGCAAUUUGUUAAAUGCCUCUUUUUAAAAUGCUCAGGAAAAGAACUUUUGAUUUACCGUAAAUCUGCUAUCUUUGAUUGUCACUGAUAGCUAAGAUUUUACCCUGUUAAGAUGAAGCUCAGUUCAGUUCCUUGAAUACCCACUUUAUAUGCAGGCCCCUUGGUGUGGAAGUUAAGAUGUUAGGGAUCCAGAGCCGAGUAUGGCCAGUCCUCAUCUGUUGAAAGGUUUACAAAGUGGAGAGAGAGAUGAGAAGAUUCCCUUGAGUGCAGUAAGUGCAGUGGCACAGUAAUAGAGAAUUUGUAGCUGACAACACUCACCUGGAUUCUUCCUCACAACAGCCUUGGAGGCAGGAAUUCGGGUCCCUGCUUCACUUGUGAGGACCUGGCCCAGGAGCCCUCCGAGUCACACUGCCAGUUGGGCCAAGUUCAGAUGCAGCAUGGGUUUCAUGACAGCCCAGCCCACAGUGCUGUAUUGCUUACGUACCCUCUCUUUCUCCCUCCUCUUUCCUUACAGCUGGGUAGUUUUCUUGCAGAGUGUGGCCAGGGGCUGUUUCCACUCCACCUUUGUCUUCUUACUUGCAGUCCCCACCCAAAGCCAGACAGGCACGUGGUCUGGCAGCUGCCCCUGAGUCAGAGGAUUGCUGCAGCCAGACAAAACUCAGUUGCCCCAGGGGACCCCAAAUAAAUUAAACCGUAGGUAUUUUAAGGGAAAAAAAAUCCCCAUGUCUCCUUUAGAUUCUCUGAAGUUCUAGUCCUUGAUUUGGAGGUGAUUUCUGUGGACGAGAGAGGCCUAGGACAAGAGGCAUGUUGGUAAAUGUGAGUGGCUGAGUUAGUGGGAACCCAGCUGGACUCCACAGCGCCAUCCCCUGUGCAGGGAAGGUUAGGGACCUGUCAUCUGUGUCCACCUGAGGCUGCGCUAGCUAGAGUCAGACCAGAGACUAAGUCCUGGUGCCACCAUUUGCAGGCCUUAAGACUGUGGACACUUUCAUUGACCUCUUGUGCUUCAGCUCACUCAUCUCCCAGAUGGGAUAGUGUCUGCCGCUUGUAGGGGUGUCGAGAUGGCUUGUUCAAAGUACUAGACUCAUGGAGACCCCAUGUAUUUCAGAGUAGAACUGUCCGCUACAGGUUUUUCAUUGGCUGCUUGUUCAGAAGUAGAUAACCAGGCCUUUCUCCCAAGGUGCCUCUGGGUGGACUCACAUCGCCAACACUUCAGUUAGCAGCUGAGUGCGUUAACCAUUUGCACCACCCAGAACUCCAGUUGGCACAUGUUGUUUUAGAUGCAGUCAGGUGGACCCCUAACUCACGGCAACCCCAUAUACAACAGUUGCGGAUCAGACCAUUGUAAUGUAUCAGGUUUUUAUUGGCUGAUUUUUCGGAAGUAGAUUGCCAGGCCUUUCUUCCUAGCCUGUCUUAGUCUGGAAUCUCUGCUGAAACCUGUUCAGCAUCAUAGCACCACCAACUCCCCACUGACAGACAGAUGGUGGCUACGUGCGAGGUGCAUUGGUCAAGAAUCGAACCCCGGUCUCCCACAUGGAAGACUGUCAGCAUCAAUAAGGCCAUUAAUACGCAGGAAGUAGCUGUAAAGGAAAAACACGCCAGAACAUGCAUACUGGGCACCCACCAUGAGAAAGGAGCGCAGACCUUUUGGUCUGUUGUCAACCGACUGCCUCUCUCUAGCAACGCUGUGCUCUGCUGGAAGUUUUGCCAUGUGUUCCACAAACUCCUCCGAGAUGGACACCCAAAUGUCCUGAAGGACUCUCUGAGAUACAAAAAUGAGUUGAGUGACAUGAGCAGGAUGUGGGGUCACCUGAGUGAGGGGUAUGGACAACUUUGCAGCAUCUACCUCAAACUACUGAGAACGAAGAUGGAGUACCACACCAAAAAUCCCAGGUUCCCAGGCAACCUCCAGAUGAGUGACCGACAACUGGAUGAGGCAGGAGAAAGUGACGUUAAUAACUUUUUUCAGUUAACAGUGGAGAUGUUUGACUAUCUGGAGUGUGAGCUAAACCUCUUCCAAACUGUGUUCAGCUCUUUGGACAUGUCCCGCUCCGUGUCAGUAACAACAGCUGGGCAGUGCCGCCUUGCCCCACUAAUCCAGGUCAUACUGGACUGCAGCCACCUCUAUGACUACACUGUCAAGCUUCUCUUCAAACUCCACUCCUGUCUCCCAGCCGACACCCUGCAGGGCCACCGGGACCGCUUCAUGGAGCAGUUCACAAAGUUGAAAGAUCUGUUCUACCGCUCCAGCAACCUACAGUACUUCAAGCGGCUCAUCCAGAUCCCUCAACUGCCUGAGAAUCCACCCAACUUUCUGCGAGCCUCAGCCCUGUCAGAGCACAUAAGCCCUGUGGUGGUAAUCCCAGCUGAGGCCUCGUCCCCGGACAGUGAGCCUGUCUUAGAGAAGGAUGACCUCAUGGACAUGGAUGCCUCCCAGCAGAAUUUAUUUGACAACAAGUUUGACGACAUUUUUGGCAGCUCAUUCAGCAGCGAUCCCUUCAUUUUCAACAGUCAAAAUGGUGUGAACAAGGAUGAGAAGGAUCACUUAAUUGAGCAACUGUACAGAGAGAUCAGUGGGCUGAAGGCACAGCUGGAAAACGUGAAGACUGAGUGCCUCCCACAGAGCCAGCGGGCUGUGCUGCAGCUGAAGGGCCGCAUCAGUGAGCUAGAAGCCGAGCUGGCUGAGCAGCAGCACUUGCGGCAGCAGGCAGCUGAUGACAGUGAAUUCCUCCGGGCGGAACUAGAUGAUCUCAAGAAGAAGCGAGAAGACACAGAGAAGGCUCAGCGGAGCUUGACAGAGAUAGAAAGGAAAGCCCAAGCCAAUGAACAGCGGUAUAGCAAGCUAAAGGAGAAGUACAGCGAGCUGGUUCAGAGCCAUGCUGAUCUGCUGCGGAAGAAUGCAGAGGUGACCAAACAGGUAUCAGUGGCAAGACAAGCACAAGUGGAUUUGGAAAGAGAGAAAAAAGAGCUGGAGGAUUCCUUCCAGCGUGUAAGUGAGCAAGCCCAGUGGAAGACUCAAGAACAGACGGAGGUUCUAGAGAGCUUGAAGCAAGAACUUGCCACCAACAAACAGGAACUCCAUGUCCUCCAAGGCAGCCUGGAAACUUCUGCCCAGUCCGAAGCAAAAUGGGCCGCCCAGAUCACUGAACUGGAGAAGGAACGGGACAGCCUGAUGAGUGCCGCAGCAUGUCGAGAUGAGGAAUUAUCUGUUCUUCGGGAGCAGCUGGAACACGCCCAGCUCAAACUGUCCAGCACACAGGAAUCUGUGGAACAACUGGUGAAGGACCAACGGAAGGUGCUUCUAACUGAGUCCAGGAUGGCUGCGGAGAGGGUGGUACGAGAGGCCCUGAGCCAGCUUGAGGAGCCCACUCUCAUCAGCUGUGCCGGAUCUGCAGACCACCUUCUCUCCAGGAUCAAGUCCGUUUCCAGCUGUAUUGAGCAGCUAGAAAAAAGCUGGAGCCAGUAUCUGGCCUUCCCAGAAGAUAUCAGUGGGCUCCUCCGUUCAGUAACCCUCCUUGCCCACUUGACUGGUGACACCAUUCUUCACGGUAGUGCUACCUGCCUUCGAGCCCCACCAGAGCCGGCUGACUCACUGGCCGAGACCUGUAAGCAAUAUGGCAGGGAAACGCUCAUCUACCUGGCUUCCCUGGAAGAAGACGAAAGCCUUGGGAAGGCCGACAACACAGCCCUAAGGAGCUGCCUCAGCAAGAUGGCGGCUAUCGGCGAGGAGCUCUUACCCAGAGGCCUGGAUAUCAGACAGGAGGAGCUGGGGGACCUGGUGGACAAGGAGAUGGCCGCCACUUCUGCUGCUAUUGAAACCGCUACAGCCAGAAUUGAGGAGAUGCUCAGCAAAUCACGAGCAGGAGACACAGGAGUCAAAUUGGAGGUGAACGAAAGGAUCCUCGGUUCCUGCACCAGCCUGAUGCAAGCUAUCCAGGUCCUGAUUGUGGCCUCCAAGGACCUCCAGAGAGAGAUUGUGGAAAGUGGCAGGGGUACAGCAUCCCCUAAAGAGUUUUAUGCCAAGAACUCUCGAUGGACAGAAGGACUCAUCUCUGCCUCCAAAGCUGUAGGCUGGGGAGCCACCGUCAUGGUGGAUGCCGCUGACCUGGUGGUACAAGGCAGAGGGAAAUUCGAGGAGCUCAUGGUGUGUUCCCAUGAAAUUGCUGCUAGCACAGCUCAGCUUGUGGCUGCAUCCAAGGUGAAAGCUGAUAAGGACAGCCUGAACCUUGCCCAGCUACAGCAGGCCUCUCGGGGAGUAAGCCAGGCAACUGCCGGGGUCGUGGCCUCAACCAUUUCUGGCAAAUCACAGAUUGAGGAAACAGACAAUAUGGACUUCUCAAGCAUGACGCUGACCCAGAUCAAACGCCAAGAGAUGGAUUCCCAGGUCAGGGUGCUGGAGCUAGAAACUGAAUUGCAGAAGGAGCGUCAAAAACUGGGAGAGCUUCGAAAAAAGCAUUAUGAGCUUGCUGGUGUUGCUGAGGGCUGGGAAGAAGGAACAGAAGCCUCUCCCCCUACACUGCAAGGAGCAGAAGCCGAAAAAGAAUAGAGCCAAACCAAUGCCCCAUACGUCAGAGUUCUUUUCAUUUUCAUCAUUUGCACAAACUUCUGGUCAUCAGAGGGCUGGUGGAUUCCAAACCAAGACACUACCCUGAACAUGUGCACUGAAUCAGAAGAACAGCAGGAGUGUCCUGGCUGAGAAUGCCAAGGCAAUUCUCCCCCUCUUUUGGCAGUUCCAUGGAUUUCCACUGCUUCUUAUGGUGAUUGGUUGGGAUUUUUGGUUUUAUUUUUGAAAGUUGCAUUCAUAUAGCUAACUCUCCUUUGGGAGUGCUGAGUUUUCAGGGGCCCCUACACCACAGCAGUUAACAGUGAUGGUGCUGCUCAGGCUUUACCUUGGUGCUCCACAUCAGCCUCCACACUGAGUGUCCUGCCGAGGGAGUGAGGGUCAGCCAAGGCCACUCCCCAGGGCCGAGCAGAGCUGCAGGGUGACCGCUUUCUGCAAAAGGCAGAAGCAGAGCGAAUGCCUUUCCUUCCUAAAGCUGGACCCCAGCUGAGAGCCUGUGCCACCUUCCCAAGUGAGAGGGCUAAAGCGAGAGGGGAAAGGAGGGUGCACACAACCCAGGUCUCAGGAGACCCCUUUCUUAGGGUUCCUUAUGACCAGGCUGAAAAAUUAGCACACACCUGAAUGGAGCUGAUGAGAGUAGCCACACUACUUCCCCAUGCCACAUCAUGCCUCCUUCAUACCCAGCCAGGGCCCUAUAAGAGGGAGCAUGUCAGGGAUUUCCGGUUCUUUUCCCCAAAUGUCUGCCUUGGCAUCCUCUAGAAUCUGAAGAAGAAAAGUUCCAUGUUCUACCUAAUUAACAGACCCAGAAGAUCAGGCCAAUUUGCUCCAUCAGGAAAGAACCCUACCUGGUUUGGUACCUUUAGUAUUUAUUACUAACCUCCUUUGAGUAGCACACAGCCUAUGGAAAGAUGCUUUGAGCAAUCAGGACUUCAGGGAUAACCAUGGCAAGUCUCAUAUUGCUGCCCUAGAACAUCAGCUUCAAGAAUCAGAAACAAGGCCAAGAUGCCAUGGACUGUUAGCAGCUGGAUCUGUAAGCAAGCAGGCUGCUCAGAGCAUUUGGGUCAGGGAAGAAGAGAAAGGUAACCACUGGCUCAGACUCCUUUCAGCACAAGUCCCAGCUCUCGCUGCCCUGCUGACUAGAUGGGGACAGAGGGCACAUUAACAGCUUCCUAGAGAUGGGCAGACUGGCAGCACUUCUCCACCUCCCAGAGGACCCCAGUAUUUAAGUGACCUUUCGAUCUUGGAAAAACAGUGUCUUCCUUCGUUAACUGUAGCAAUUCAUAGGUAGUAGCCAACAAGCACUUCCCAGGACCUGUCCCAAAGGAACAUGUUAAGUUUUGCUACAUGACCGGCUGUGAGACUCCUGUUCAAUCACUGUGAAACAAACCCCCUCUUCUAACCCAGCCCAGCUCCCUCUGCAUUUUCUAAGUGGGACACUCAAAAAACAGUCUCCCAGAAACUCAAAUGACUAUACUCAAAAGUAUGAUCUCUAUACCGGGCUAAGGAGGUAUCAGCAGCAGAAACUGAGCGGUCUUAUCUUAGUGCUUCUGUGUGCUUAGCAUUUUUCCAUUCCGAAGCUCAGAGGAGUGGCGGGUGGCUUCUCUGACCCAGUUGUGUCAAUUAAAUCCAUCAGUGUAUUCUCAGUGUGGGUCAACAUUUCCAAAGGUGGUUAAUCCUCAUUUCUAGAGUCCUGGCCAUUCAAACUAUUGUGCUCCAAAUUACCAGUGGGGGGGACAUCUAGUAUAUUGGAUCAGAUUAGUAUUCUGUGCUGAAACACUCUUUCUUACAAGAAGCCUCGAUAAUUUCUAAGAUCUUUGUGGGCUUAGUAGAACAGUUAAGAAAGCACUUAAGCACGAGCAGAGGCCAGUUGAGUCUCACAUGAGGAAACAUCUGUCAGAUGUAGUAAAAUUGGUUCAUAACAGCUCAGAUGAGAAGCUAGUCCUUUCUCCAGCCAAAAUCAAAUGUCGUACCUUGGUUACUCUUAAUGAGUGUGUUACAGUUGGUGUGAUUAAAACAGGAAUCACAUCUUAAGGCUAAAAAUGAACCUCACAGCUUUUUAGUCACAUUUAACUAUCAUUAGUGACUAAAAUUGAACAUGUCUCAUGGGUGAGUGUAGAUGGGUCAUAACAAGACAGGACAACAAAGUAAUGGCUUAUGAUAAGAGGUUGAGGUAUACCUGCAUUUCUUAUUUAAUUUUAUAAUACAGUGCUCUCUCUGAUACCUCUAGAGUAAGGAUGUUUGUACAUAAUAAGGAGUAUAAUAGGAGCAAGGAGUUUAACUUAGACUGGAAUUUAGAUUAUUUACAGAGUCUGCUGCCCAGAGUACUUUCCCUGGGAUCCCACCUGAACAUGAGUUCUUAACCCAGUAGCUAGCUGGAAGAACCAGACAUUGUCCAAAGCAUCCUUUCUUGGAAUUAUUUCAGCUACCAAGGUUUACACCAGGUAACACAGGGAUCACAAGGACAUGUCCCCUCGGUCAGGUUAGUUUGCUUUGGCCUCUCACCCCUAAGGAGGAGCUGGUUCUGAGCCAGCACCUGGAAGUUCUCAGUUCUCCAUCAGCUCCUUAGUUGAGAGGGGUCUGUUGGCUCCACUUUACCCCAUCUUUAAUAACUGGCAAAUUUUUUGCUACCUUUACCAUCUUUCCGAAUCUCUGAAAAUCCUUUCUGCCAAUGGAAGCCUUCGGUCCCAACAUUGGCCUUCCAGCUAAACAGCUUUGCCCUCUCUCUGCCAUCCUUGGUCCUCCAGAGACUGUUCUGCCUGUAGCAUAGACCACCACCACGGGCCUGUCAGCCAUAAACACAGCAAACCCUGCCGGCUGUUUGCUGCUCGGUUCCUUCGUCUCCCAGGUCCACACCAAAUAAAGGAUCAAUAGCCCACAGUGGUGGCACUGCCUUUUACCCCAGGAGCCAAAGCAAUGGGAACAACUGGUUAGAUGCAGUUGGGUCCAAUUCUGAGAGUAGAGAUUUCCCAACAUGUCUUUCAGGUGACUCUCAACUACCUCAGGUUUGAAGGCCCUAAAUUAAGCUACUACUUAUAGGGACAAACCGAAGAGGUUCAGAUAAAUCUUGGGGAUAACAUAAUUGUCUCAAACUUAUAGCAGCUCUUGCACAUUUAGGUUUGCAGGGAUGGGGUUGGGUUUGUUCUGUUUUUAACCUUUCUCCCAGUUUUCCAUUAGAAUAGUUCCUAUAAAAGAAUUUCAUUUUUCACUGAGUGCCUACCUUCCCAGGGCAGGUAGCCACUGGCUUUUGCUUUCUUCCAACAAUACUUUUAUUAUGGUAUUAAGAUCUUUCUUUGUAUAAUACAUUGCAUCUGUGUUUUCAAUUUUUCAAAUAAAUAUUUCAACCUGGCAA